CCAUAUCAAGCAAGCAAGCAAGCAUUGUGUAGUGCGGCGUGUGCGCGUGUACACCUACCAAGGAACUUUUCCCAAUUUUUCGAAAAGUUCCAACAAAAAUGGCAGAGCACCGAUCUGAGCCCUGCUAUCUGGUACUGGAGGACGGCACCGUCCUGCCCGGACAGUCUUUCGGCGCCAAAAAGCCCAUCGAUGGCGAAGUCGUAUUCCAAACUGGUAUGGUGGGAUAUCCGGAAUCCCUAACAGACCCUAGUUACCACGCUCAAAUCUUAGUCCUGACUUAUCCCAUCAUUGGAAACUAUGGAGUCCCAGAGCACGUCAAAGAUGAUAACGAACUACCCUAUUUCUUCGAAUCCAAUCGUAUCUGGGCGGCUGGUUUGGUCGUCGAUGAGCACUGUGACGAACCAAGUCACUGGCGCAAUACUCAAACCCUUUCCAGUUGGAUGGAAAAGGAGAACGUGCCCGGAAUUCAAGGCAUAGAUACCAGGGAACUGACGAAGAAGCUACGCGAAAGAGGCACCAUCCUAGGCAAAAUUGUUUACAGUUUGCCUCUCAGCGACAAUAUCAUACCGGAUCCGAACCAAAGAAAUUUGGUUAAAGAAGUAUCCGUAAAGAGUGUCAAGACUUACAAUCCGACAGGAAUUCCAAGAAUAUGUGCGGUUGAUUGCGGAUUAAAAUAUAACCAGAUUCGAUGUCUCUUAAAAAGAGGCUGUCGUGUUGACUUGGUUCCUUGGGACCACCCUUUAAAAGCUGAAGAAUACGACGGUCUUUUUCUUAGUAACGGACCCGGUAACCCAGAGAUGUGCAGAACUACCAUAGAAAACAUUAGAAAUGUCCUUCAAGGUAUCAAAAUAAAACCUAUUUUUGGUAUUUGUUUGGGACAUCAACUUUUGUCCAUGGCUAUUGGAUGUAAGAGUUUCAAAAUGAAGUACGGUAAUCGUGGUCACAAUCAACCUUGCAUACACCACGGUACUAAAAGGUGCUUUAUGACAUCUCAGAAUCAUGGAUUCGCAAUUGAUCCCGCAACCCUUCCCAAAGGCUGGGAACCUUUAUUCACCAACGCAAACGACAAAACUAAUGAAGGUAUUAUUCAUUCUAUCUUGCCAUACUUCAGCGUCCAAUUCCAUCCUGAACAUACCGCCGGACCGGAGGACCUAGAAAAUUUAUUUGAUGUUUUUAUUGAUGCAGUUAAGAAUUUUGAAUCAACCAAUGUCUGUGUAAAAGACAUGCUUACACAGUCUAUAGAAACAAAAAACCUUCCAAAACCUCUUGAAAACAUCCCCAACAAAGUGCUAAUAAUUGGAUCCGGUGGUCUUUCAAUAGGACAAGCCGGAGAAUUUGAUUACUCAGGUUCUCAAGCAAUCAAAGCUUUAAAAGAAGAAAACAUCAAAACAAUUCUAAUAAACCCCAACAUCGCAACAGUACAAACAUCCAAAGGGUUAGCCGAUAAAGUUUACUUUCUGCCUUUGAUACCCGAUUAUGUGGAACAAGUAAUACGUGCAGAACGUCCCGAUGGAGUUCUCUUAACGUUCGGUGGUCAGACCGGUCUUAACUGCGGCGUGGAAUUGGAGAAACAAGGUGUAUUCAAAAAAUAUGGCGUUCAAAUCCUUGGUACACCAAUCGAGGCAAUCAUUGAUACAGAAGAUAGAAAAAUUUUCAGCGAAAGGGUGGCGGAAAUUGGCGAAAGAGUUGCCCCCAGUAUGGCGGCGCACUCGGUCGAGGAGGCAUUGGCUGCUGCUGAACAGCUCGGUUAUCCCGUUAUGGCUAGGGCUGCAUUUUCUUUAGGAGGUCUCGGAUCUGGUUUUGCCAGUUCUCAGGAUGAAUUGAAGGCCUUGGCGGUUCAGGCGCUCGCCCAUUCCAGCCAGUUAAUCAUCGACAAGUCUUUGAAAGGAUGGAAAGAAGUCGAAUACGAAGUUGUAAGAGAUGCCUACGAUAAUUGCAUAACUGUUUGUAAUAUGGAAAACGUGGAUCCUUUGGGAAUUCACACAGGAGAAUCAAUUGUUGUCGCACCCAGCCAAACUUUGUCCAACAGAGAGUACAAUAUGCUUCGUACCACAGCACUCAAAGUUAUAAGACAUUUUGGAGUGGUAGGAGAAUGUAAUAUUCAAUAUGCACUAAAUCCUCAUUCGGAAGAAUUCUACAUAAUAGAAGUUAACGCCAGAUUAUCUAGAAGUUCAGCUUUGGCCAGUAAAGCAACAGGUUAUCCAUUGGCUUAUGUGGCUGCCAAAUUGGCUCUGGGAACUCCUUUGCCACAAAUAAAUAACUCUGUAACAGGAGUUACAACAGCUUGUUUCGAACCUAGUUUGGAUUAUUGUGUUGUUAAAAUACCUCGCUGGGAUUUGCAUAAAUUUUCCAGAGUCAGCACCAAGAUUGGUAGUUCCAUGAAGAGUGUCGGUGAGGUUAUGGCUAUUGGAAGGAAGUUUGAGGAAGCAUUUCAGAAAGCACUCAGAAUGGUGGAUGAAAACGUGGUAGGUUUUGAUCCGUAUCUCAAAAAAGUUGAUGAUGAAGAACUAAAAGAGCCGACCGACAAGAGAAUGUUCGUUGUAGCAGCAGCCCUUAAAAGUGGAUAUUCCGUAGACAAAAUUUAUAACUUGACUAAAAUUGACAAGUGGUUUUUGGAAAAAAUGAAAAACAUUAUAGUCUGGACCACCCACAUGGAAACUCUGGACCAACAACAUUUAUCUUAUUCAACUUUGCUCAAGGUUAAGCAACUCGGUUUUUCAGAUAAGCAAAUUGCAACAGCCGUGAAGAGCACGGAGCUAGCCAUAAGGAAACAACGUCAAGAAUACAAAAUCCUUCCUUAUGUAAAACAAAUAGAUACUGUUGCAGCUGAAUGGCCCGCUUCCACUAACUACUUAUAUCUAACUUAUAACGCAUCAUCCCACGACCUCACGUUUAAAGAAGAGCACACAAUGGUGAUUGGAUCAGGUGUUUACAGAAUUGGUAGCUCUGUAGAGUUUGACUGGUGCGCCGUUGGUUGCUUAAGAGAAUUAAGAAACCUAAAUAGAAAAACUAUUAUGGUGAAUUACAACCCGGAGACUGUCAGUACUGAUUACGACAUGUCUGACAGAUUGUACUUUGAGGAAAUCUCAUUUGAAGUGGUGAUGGAUAUUUACAACUUAGAAAAUCCUACAGGAAUAAUACUCUCAAUGGGAGGGCAAUUACCCAACAAUAUUGCAAUCGAUCUACACAGACAACAGGCAAGGAUCCUGGGAACAUCUCCGGAUUCCAUUGAUGGUGCAGAAAAUCGAUUCAAAUUCUCGAGAAUGUUGGAUCGCAUUGGUAUAAUGCAGCCCCGUUGGAAGGAGCUCACGAAUUUGAAGUCUGCAAUUGAUUUCUGUGAGGAGGUGGGUUACCCUUGUUUAGUCCGUCCUUCGUACGUUUUAAGUGGUGCCGCCAUGAACGUGGCACAUUCCAACCAAGACUUAGAAACCUAUCUUAAUGCCGCCAGUGAUGUUUCUAAGGAGCACCCGGUUGUUAUUUCGAAGUUCAUUUUAGAGUCUAAGGAAAUUGAUGUGGAUGCAGUGGCAUGUGACGGCGUUAUUCUGUGCAUGGCGGUGUCUGAGCACGUGGAGAACGCCGGCGUGCACUCCGGCGACGCUACUUUAGUGACGCCACCUAGAGAUUUGAAUCCUAAGACUUUGGCGAAAAUAAAGCACAUUUGUAAGUCAAUUGCUGCAUCGUUGGAGGUAACUGGUCCGUUCAACAUGCAACUAAUCGCCAAGGAUAAUGAUUUGAAAGUUAUCGAAUGUAACGUAAGGGUGUCCAGAUCGUUUCCCUUCGUUUCCAAAACGUUGGACCACGAUUUUGUCGCUAUGGCAACAAGGGUGAUUGUAGGAGAACCAGUCGAACCUGUGGAUGUUCUGAAUGGAUGCGGGAAAGUUGGAGUUAAGGUACCUCAAUUUUCCUUCUCGAGAUUGGCUGGAGCUGAUUUCAUGCUAGGAGUUGAAAUGGCAUCGACCGGUGAAGUAGCAUGCUUCGGUGAAAAUAGAUAUGAAGCUUAUUUAAAAGCUAUGAUGAGUACUGGGUUCAGUAUUCCGAAGAAAUCUAUUCUUUUAUCUAUUGGGAGUUUUAAGCAUAAAAUGGAGUUACUUCCAAGUAUGAGGGCGUUGCAGAAAAUGGGAUAUAAACUUUAUGCCAGUUUGGGUACCGCCGAUUUCUACAACGAACAUGGUGUAGAUGUGGAAUCAGUUCAAUGGACAUUCGACAACAUGGACAGCAUCACCAGUCAGGGAGAGCUGACUCAUUUGGCGGAGUUUUUGUCCAAAAAGGAGUUCGAUUUGGUCAUCAAUUUACCAAUGAGAAACGGCGGAGCCAGAAGGGUCUCUUCCUUCAUGACUCACGGAUACAGAACCAGAAGAUUGGCUAUAGAUUAUUCGAUUCCUCUUGUUACUGAUGUGAAAUGCACUAAAUUACUUGUAGAGGCAUUGAGAUUGAUAGGCAAAGCCCCACCGAUGACCACCACCGUGGACUGCAUGAGUUCACGCACCGUUAUAAAACUGCCGGGUCUGAUUGACACUCACGUGCACGUGCGUGAACCCGGAGCCACCCACAAAGAGGACUACUCGACCUGCACCGCCGCCGCAUUGGCCGGCGGUGUAACGAUGAUUUGCGCCAUGCCCAACACAAAUCCCGCCAUCGUCGACGAAGAAUCGUUCCUGCUGGUCAAGAAACUGGCCAAGGAGAAGGCACGUUGCGAUUACGCCAUUUUCAUGGGGGCCUCGUCCACCAACUUCGAUACGGUUGCGGAGUUCGCGGCCGACGCCGCCGGUUUGAAGAUGUAUCUCAACGACACGUUCACUACACUGAAGCUCAACAAUUUAGAUAUAUGGGGCAAACAUUUGGCCAAUUGGCCUAAAAAAGCGCCGCUUUGCGUGCACGCUGAAUCUCAGACGACGGCGGCGAUCAUUUUGCUGGCCAGUCUUCACAACCGGCCGGUUCACGUUUGUCACGUGGCAAGGAAAGAGGAAAUUCAAAUUAUUAAGGCUGCGAAAGAGAAAGGAUUGAAGAUAACGUGCGAAGUUUGUCCGCACCAUCUGUUUUUGUCGACCGAUGACAUUGAGAGAGUUGGUAAGGGAAGAAGUCAGGUGCGGCCCGUUUUGGUGUCACCGGAGGAUCAGCAAGCUCUCUGGGACAAUUUACAUGUAAUUGAUUGUUUCGCAACGGACCAUGCGCCACAUACAGUGGAAGAAAAGAGCAGUGAUAACCCACCUCCAGGUUUUCCUGGUCUGGAAACGAUUCUGCCUUUGCUUCUGAAUGCCGUGAACGAGGGCAGAUUGACCAUAGAAGAUAUAGUAAACAAAUUCCACAAAAAUCCUAGAAAGAUAUUCAACCUUCCGGAACAAGCAAACACCUAUGUGGAAGUCUAUUUGGACGACGAGUGGGUUAUUCCUGAAGCCAUGUCCUACUCCAAGUCCAGGUGGACUCCUUUCGCCGGCAAAAAAAUAAAAGGUUCCAUCCAUAGAGUAGUGUUGCGAGGUGAAGUUGUUUACGUGGAUGGCCAGGUUUUGGCGCAACCAGGAUUUGGGCAGAACGUGCGUGAAUGGGAAGGAAAACGGUCGGCGUCCUCGCUUGACAGGCCCGUGACACCUGCAACGCACGUCGAAAAUAACGAAUAUGAAAACGACGGCCACACAAAUGAAAUCCUGAAUAAACUUCUCAUGGAUCACUCCAAAGUACAUUUCUCUACCGAGACCCAGACAAUCGACGGCAGAACUAGUGGCAUCUCUCCCGUGCCUUUCAAUACAAGAGUAAGAACUGAAAGCACCUCCCAAACCGAAGGUUCACACCACCCUCUCCAUGGACUAACUGGAAAGCACAUAAUUGCAGUUGAUAUGUUCACUAAAGAUCAACUUAACGACAUCUUCAAUUUGGCCCAGACUUUCAGAGUUUACGUGCAAAAAGAUAGACCUCUAGAUCACAUACUGAAAGGAAAAAUAAUGGCGUCCAUAUUCUAUGAAGUUAGUACGAGGACGAGUUGCAGUUUUGCAGCAGCCAUGCAACGACUCGGCGGAAGAGUUAUCUACAUGGAUGAGUCCAGUUCUUCUGUGAAGAAAGGCGAGACCCUCGAGGAUUCGGUGGCAGUUAUGGCGGGCUAUGCGGACGUAGUUGUUUUGAGGCAUCCGUCCCCCGGAUCGGUUAUGAAAGCGUCCCAUUACUGCAGAAAACCUCUGAUAAACGCCGGCGAUGGCAUCGGUGAGCAUCCAUCGCAAGCAUUGCUGGAUAUUUUCACCAUAAGGGAAGAAAUCGGUACCGUCAAUGGGUUAACGAUCACAUUGGUUGGUGAUUUAAAGAACGGUAGGACUGUGCACUCUUUGGCCAGACUGCUGACGUUGUACAAUGUGCAGUUACGGUACGUGAGUCCGCCCAGUUUAAAAAUGCCCAAGCACAUCACGCAAUACGUCGCUUCGAAAGGCAUAUCACAAGAAGAAUUCGACAAUUUGGAGUCGGUGUUGCCAGACACUGAUAUUUUAUACAUGACAAGAAUACAAAGGGAAAGAUUCGAAAGCCAAGAAGAAUAUGAUAAGGCAUGUGGACACUUUGUGAUCACACCACAAAUAAUGACGAGGGCGAAAAGGAAGAUGGCAGUGCUUCAUCCUUUGCCUAGGGUUUUUGAGAUCAGUGCUGAAUUCGACACGGAUCCCAGAGCUGCUUAUUUCAGACAAGCUGAAUGCGGGAUGUACGUAAGAAUGGCGCUACUCUCGAUGGUUUUGGGAAGGUGCUAAGAAAAUUUUAUUGUUUUUAUUAAUAUUUUUAUUAAUUGUUUUUAAAUAUAAGAAAUUUAUGAUAAA